CCCCGUCGAUUCUACAAAAAACAAUUUGUACGCGUAGGGGGCUCUACAUAGGGAGCACCCCCCUCCCCCUUCAUCCAUAUCCACAUCCCAGGCGUGUCAGCGCGUUCGAGAGAGAGAGAGACCUAACUCAAUGGUGGGGCUACCACUUUGGGGACUCGUGGUGUUGUUCACUUGUGGUGUAUUCGGCGACUUUGUGUCCUCGCCACCAAUUCCAAGCGACAAGACGACUCCGAUUCAUCAACGCUUGGCAUUUCGUGGCCCCACUGCGAUGGUCGUAGCUUGGAAUACUUUCCAGCAGAUUGCCACUCCAACCGUUCACUAUGGAACUCGCAUCGGCACAUUGACGUUCAGCGCGUCAAGUGAUUCCAGUGUCACAUUUCCGACCUCACGCACUUGGGCGAACACCGUCGUACUCACUGGCUUGCAGCCAUACACGACUUAUUAUUACAAAAUCGAGUCGACCAACUCCAGCGUGUUGACAUUCACUACCGCUCGUAUUCCUGCAGCAGCUGUCAUCGACAUGGGUCUCUUCGGGAAGGAUGGGAUGACCGUUCCAGCUUCUAAGCGGCACCUCAUUCCCCGUAUCGAGCCCGGUCUCGAGCAUACCACUAUCGGGGCAUUAGACCGAAUGAGCUCAGAAUACGACUUUAUCAUUCAUCCCGGUGACAUCGCAUAUGCAGAUAAUUGGAUUACUGCAAAUCCUCUUUAUGCGUUCUUCCAAGCGCAAGCUUACGAGUCUAUCACGGAACGAUUCUUUUUACAGUUGCAGCCCAUAAGCGGCAUCAAACCUUACAUGGUCGGUCCAGGAAAUCACGAAGCUACCUGUGUGGAGAUGCCGUUCCCAUGUGCAGCCGGACAGAAAAACUUUUCCUCAUUCAUUAACCGCUACGGUCUCGUCAUGCCGACUGCAACGACCAUAAAUUCCCUAACCUCGGUCGCCGCCGCAUCCGCGCGCACACAUGCCUCUAGGCUCGCCAAGCCUCCGUUCUGGUAUUCAUUUGACUACGGCAUGGCUCAUUUUGUCAUGUUUGAUACGGAAACAGAUUUGGGUAACGGGAUUAUUGGACCGGAUGAACCUGGUGGCGGCGCAAACCUCGGGAGUGGUCCAUUUGGCGGGAAGAAUCAGCAGUUCAAUUUCCUGCAACAGGAUCUCGCCAGUGUGGAUCGUGCUGUUACACGUAUGAUAACCCUCGCGCAAUUGGGGUGGUACUCCUCCAAGCCAACUUGCUCAGAGUGUCAAAAGGCUUUUGAGUCUUUGUUUAUACAAUACGGUGUCGAUUUGGCCGUCUUUGGACACGUACACAACAUGCAGGAGAUCGCACCAAUCGCUAACGACGUCGUAGACCCAGCUGGCCUAAAUAAUCCCAAGGCACCGUGGUACAUCGUUACUGGGGCAGCCGGCAACAUCGAGGGACUCGCCCCACUCGGUGAACAACCCUCAUACAUCACUUGGGCCGAUGACACCGUAUUCGGUUUCAGCAAGCUCUUGUUUCAAGACCGAAACCGCCUCACAGUCCAAUUUAUUCGUUCUAGGGAUGGAGUGAUAUUAAGGAAUUCGACCCUUUAUAAGGCACAUACCACGAGAUUCGUUGGAGCGUUGGCCGGCGUAAAAUGGUCGCAAUAGGGGCAGUUUAUCAAUCUAUUUUGAAUGGACUUGUCUCGCUUCCAUUAUUGUGCAGUUGGCGUUCGUGAUCGCUUGUGUUGAUGACCGAUGUCCAAG